GGUUAGCGACACAUCUAGCGUUCAUUUUGAAAUUGCUUUGCUUCGAGAUAAUCGCACUACCAUGGGUAACACAGAGAGUGUGGUUGUGCAGAAGCGGCUGGCCCGCUUCCGCCCCGAUGAGCGGCCUUUGAUUGAGGGGGUCUUCGACAGGCUCUUGAGUGGUGCUGGGGGCCCUUCAGGUGCACCCGGGAAAACACCUGCAGGAAAGACACUAACGCUUGAGAAGCUGCAGUCCUCAAUGGGCAGCUUGGCUUCAGACUCCAUGGUGAGGAGGAUCUACCAGUGCAUGUGUAGCAUUGACCCUGGACUGGCAGCGCCCCCAGCUUCUGGGAAGACCAGCACCUCUGCUGCAUCAGGAGUAGGUCGAGAGCAAUUGAUCAUCUUCCUAACAGACACACUGCGAGGCACCGCAGAGGAACGGGCUCCUCUUGUGAUGGCCAUGUCCCAGCGUGGAGCAGGGGCACCAACGGUCGUCACAUGUGAGCAGGUAGCAGAGUUCCUCCAGGACCUGAUUUCUACUAUAGUUCAGAUUCUGGUCCACAGAGGGCGCCUGCAGGCCUGGAGGCCAGAGAGAAUGGGAGACGGCUCCCUGGGUGUCAAACUCCUGGCAGAGCAAAUGUGCUCUGAACUCAAACCAUCAGAUCAGGGAGCUUGUGACGUUUCCUGCCUGGAGGACUGGAUCUUCAGGGUCCCCCAGGUAUCUUUGUACCUGGAGAUGCUGGUAGCUGAGGGCCUAAAUGUGUCCCUAAGCAGCCGGCCGGCUCCCACCCUGCUGCCCCCCUGCAGGGAUACGCCCUGGAAAGAGCUGAGGUGUCUGCUGGACCUUCCCAUUCUUAUGUUUCUGGCACCACAGUUGCCAGACAGCUACAGCGCCCCCUGGAGACUUGUGUUUUCCACACGGCUGCACGGGGAGAGCUUCACCAGGAUGGUGACCGGCCUGACAAAGUGCGGGCCCACACUGCUGCUUAUCAAAGACUCAAAGGGACAUGUUUUUGGGGGGUUCGCAUCCCACGCCUGGGAGGUCAAGCCUCAGUUCCAGGGUGACUCCAGAUGCUUCCUGUUCACUGUGUUCCCCAAACUGAGAGUUUAUACAGCAACAGGAUACAACCAACAUUUCAUGUACCUCAACCAGAACCAGCAGACCAUGCCCAACGGACUGGGUAUGGGUGGUCAGCAUGGUUACUUUGGACUGUGGCUGGACAGUGACUUUGGCCGCGGCCAUAGCCGUGCACGGCCCAAGUGCACCACCUACGGCAGCCCUCAGCUCUCUGGAGAGGAAGACUUCACCCUGGACUCAAUGGAAGUGUGGGCGGUUGGAAAACCUCCAGAACCAGAGGAGGAUGAGGACGGGGGGGGCAAGAGGAGUAUCCUGGAUGUGGAUCCAGAGGUCCAGGCCAUGAUGGAGAUGGCAGGGAAGACUCUCCACAGUCAGGGCCUCAGGGAGCCACCAGAAGAAGACCAGGAACAAUGAGAGGCAAAAACAGUCUUAGCGUAUUAAGACUCCCGGUCCACAAGGUGUGAUUUUAUCAUCUGACUGACAUACCUGGAUAAUAUUAACACCUCGUCUAAGACACGUCUCAAUCAUGCAAUAGAGUGAUAUUAGAUUUCUCUUCCCCUGCCUUUUAUUAUGUUGAGACCUGAAAAGGACAAAAACAUGCAGUUUCUUCAAAGAGUAAUAGUUAUUUUUUAAAACUUGGACCCUUUUCCCAUGUUGUGACCAAGUGACUAAUGAAUUUUGGUGGGUUUGGUGUGAUACCAGUUUUAGGGCUGUUUCUGGUAAAACAAAAGGGAUCUUACUUUUUAACUGGUCUACAAAAACAAAAACAAACACGUUCAUGCUGCGUUCACAUGGAAUCAGGCAGACAUCAGUUGAUGGCAGAUAGAAAACACUCAAACAACAAACAAACAAUUUGAUGAAUGGCACGAUGGUAAAACAACAUAAACGAUGUUAUGUUGCAAUGGCGGUACCAUAUUGUUUACAAAGAAUGGAAGAAAAUUUUAUUAAAUAAAAUUAUUUUUUAUUUGUAAUUUCAGGUAAUUUUCAUCUUAAUGUCUGGUUGUAAAUUCCAUUGUCCUGCCUGACGUGCACUAACAUGAUGUUUGAUUUCUCGUCUGCCGUCUCCCUGAUGCCAUGUGAACGCAACAUUAGUGGAAGUACAAAUGCCUCAAGUGGUUACAUUGCAGCCUGUUUUGCAGCUGCUGGCUGCAGCGCUUUUUCGCCAU